AUGAGGGACGAGGAGGCGAACGAGGAGCAGCUGGAGCGGGACGCCACCAGGAUCCUGGAACCUGUGGAUUUAUGGACCCAUCUCCCGCAGACCAUCCCGUCUGGAGCAGGAGGCCCUGCGUUCCUGCAGCGGCAGGAGAGGCCAGGAGGACCAGAAGAGGAGCUGAGAGACGCCAACAUGGUCCCUCUGAGGCUGGUCGCCUUCGGCUUGCUGGCUGCAGCCGUGUGUCUGUCUCCAGCUGCUGAUGUGGAGAGGUUCGUCUCUGUGAGCCGGAGCCACGCAAAGAUCCGUAAACUUGGACUGAGGGCCCGGCCCCUGGAGGCAGCGAAGAGCAUCCGGGUGGAGAGUCUUCCUCCGACGGCGGUCAAAGACAUGCUGGAGCUGUGGUUUGAGAAGAACUGGGUGCUUCCAGACAACGUGCAGAUGAUCCCCGAGGAGCAAGCUGCCAUCGUCUCCUUCAGCGACACCGCAGUUGUGGAAAGUAUUUGUGUGAAAGAAGAUCACGUGAUGCGGUCCAUCCCUGUCAAGGUGUACCCAUACUACGAGUCCCUGGGAACCGCCUUAUACGGUAAAGAGCGCCCUGCGUGGAAGAUGCCCGAAGCCUUCACGGAGAAGGUUCACCACGCCAUCUGGAAAUUCCUCCUGAGGAAGAAACUGUUGAAAAGCCUCAACGAUCAGAUGCGUCCGCACUUCUGCAGCAUAGAGCUGGAUGACCCUGAAGUGAAGCUCCGCCCACUGCCCAGCUUUUUGAGGCAGAACGGUCUGACAGCUCAGAUUGUAGGUACUUGGAAGCAGAGUGCCCUGGAGGCUUUCCGUCACCUGAUGUCUCAGUACUCGGCCUUCGAGUGCGACGUGAACAUUGACGCAUGGAAAGCUGCGGAGAAAGAGGUCCGUUCGGUUGUGAACCAAGAUGCCGUCCCAGUUUUUGAUGCAUCCAGAGAGGUUCUAAUUGUCGCUGGUCGAGCCAAUGAUAUGAAGAAAAUCAGGGCCCCUGUGGAGAACAUCGUUCUCAAAGCAAAAGGCCUCAUCGAGCGGCAGACCAAAGGUGUCUCCGAGGUGAUGAUUAUCCCUCCUGCAAGGAUCUACAUCCUGAAGCAGGAAGGGCUGUUGAAAGCUGCCUCAGACAUCUCCUCUGAGCUGAACCUGUCAUACGAUGAACGAACAGAGAGGUUGACCAUCAAAGGACUCCCUGAAGAAGUGUACAAAACCAAAGCAUGGAUCUUAGAAAGGAUCGCAAAUCUAAAGACUAGAAAGCUGAAUGUCCAUCAAGGCCUUGUAGAAUACCUGAGGACAAUGGAUCCCAAGGACAUGUCAGAGAAACUGUUCACGUCUCAGGGCAUCAGUGCCAUCUACUCUGUUGACACCAAAGGGCUCACCCUGCUGGGGAGUUCUGACCAAGCCCUUAGCGAUGCAGACGCUAAGAUGAAGGCAGCAUUAUUAGUGGAGACCUUCAGUGUGGAAGACCAGAAGGUUAUGAACCUUCAGAGCUGGGUGGACCUAAACAAAAAGCUGCUAGAUACCUACAACUGCUCAGACAAGAAAACAGUGAACAUCUGGAUGCAGCCAGAGAGAGGAGCCAGAGUAACGGUGGCCGGCUUUGUGAUUCCAGUGAACGAGGUCAGCCGCAGUCUGAAGGAGUUCAUCGGAAACUACUCACAAGUACAAGAAACCGUUCGGGUCAAGUCCUGUGCUGUGGUUCAGUUUGUUGAGAAGAAGCAAACACAACUUUGGUUGAGAAUUUCCAAAGAUAAUGACGUGUCAGUCCUCUUUGAUCCAGAAAGACCGAAGAUCGUCCUCAGCGGGGCUCGUCUUCACGUCCAGAAAGCUAAGUCCAGUUUUCAGGAGCUGGUAGCAGCUCUCUCUGCUGACACCUUAACUGUGGACAAACCUGGAGCUAAGAAGUAUUUCCAGUCCCAAGGAAGCUACAUUCUGAACUCAAUAUUGUCCGACUUAAGCUGCGUGGUGAUGCUUCAGUCUGAGAUUCAAGAAGAAGAGGAGGAGGACUAUGAUGAUGAGGCCAGCCAGUGCUACUGCAAAGUGCAGACAUCCGGUGUUCUUGUUUGCGUCAGUAAGGCAGAUAUCUGCAGCUUUAACGUCGAUGCUGUGGUGAACGCAGCUAACGAGGAGCUGCAGCACAUCGGCGGCUUGGCUCUGGCUCUGCUCAGGGCUGCAGGACCACAGCUGCAGGAGAUCAGCAAUGACUAUGUUGCUAAAAAUGGCAACCUAUGCCCAGGUGAUGCCAUCACAACCAAUGCAUGCAAUCUGCCCUGCAAGUACGUGGUCCAUGCGGUCGGUCCACGGUACUCUGACAGCGACAAAAAUACAUCAGUGUCACAUCUAAAGUCUGCGGUUAAAGAAAGCCUGAGACAAGCCGAGGUGAACAACUGCUCCAGCAUCGCCCUGCCAGCCAUCAGCUCAGGCGUGUUCGGGUUUCCUGUUCCUCUCUGCGCUGAGACCAUAGCCCGUGCAGUACGAGAGUACUGUGACGGUCCACAAGGCCCGGGCUCGCUAACCGAGGUUCACCUCGUCGACAACAACGAUGGCACCGUCCGAAUCAUGGCGGCAGCUGUCAAGGCAGAGUUCACCGACCUCGGUCCGAUCAUGACGGUCCCACAGCAGACGAGCAGGAAGAACAAAGGAGCUGCAGGUGGACAUCAGAAGGGUCGAGGGAAAGGAGCUGCAGGAGUAGGAAGAGGAGCUGCAGGAGCAGGAAGAGGAGCUGAAGGAGCAGGAAGAGGAGGAAGAUUUCCAGGAAACUUUCAGACUAACAGAGGAGGGCAGAGGGGACCCAACCAGCGUGGAGAGUAUGGAGGGUCAGGAAGGAUGGAGCAGGUCACGCCUGACGGUCUGAAGAUUGUUCUCUGCAAAGGAAACAUUCAGGACCAGACUACCGACGUCAUCGUCAACACCAUCGCAGCGACCAUGGACCUGCAGCACGGAGCUGUUUCCAGAGCCCUCCUGGAGGCGGCUGGAGACAACCUGCAGGUGGCCAUUCUGACUGAAGCCGGCGUGUCCACGCUGCAGUACGGAGACGUCGUCAUCACCGACGGAUGCAACCUCCGAUGUCAGAAAGUCUUUCAUGCCGUUUGUCCGUACUGGGACAACGGAGGCGGCCAGGCAGAGAAGGAGUUAAUUUCCAUCAUCGCCUGCUGUCUGAAGGAUGCUGAGAGACACCAGAUGACCUCCUUGUCCUUCCCAGCCAUCGGGACCGGAAACCUGGGCUUCCCCAGGGACUUGGUGUCCAGAGUCCUGCUCAGGGAGGUCCAGCUGUUCAGCUGCAGGAAGUCCGCCCGCCACCUGAGAGAGGUGGUCAUCGUGGUGCAUCCCAGUGACGACAAGACCGUGGACUGUUUCAGCAGAGAGUUCUCUGGUGAGACGGGUCCAAACACCGUCCAACAUCCGGAGGUGGACUUCACCAGACCUGCACCCAGCCGGUCACAGAGCGCCUCCGCGUCAGAAACCUUCAGCGCGGUCCUGUCCCCGUCCCUCGGUGUGUACCAGAUGCAGAUGGGUCAGCUCGCCCUGGAGGUGUCCUCGGGAGACAUCACCAAGGAGACGUGUGAUGUCAUCGUCAACUCGUCCAAUCAGAACUUCGACCUUUACGCAGGCGUGUCCAAGGCGAUCUUAGACAGCGCUGGACGAUCGGUUCUGACCGAGUGUUCGCAGAUCGUGAACUCUCCGGGUUACCUGCCUCGUGGGAUGAUCCUGACCUCGGCCGGGCAGCUUCCCGCCAGAUUCAUCGUCCACGUCGUCGGUCAGAACGAUCCUGUGAAGAUCAAAGACAUCGUUAAAGGAGUCCUGAAGCUCUGCGAGGAGAACAAGGUCAUGUCGGUGGCCUUCCCCGCGCUGGGAACAGGUCAGGGUGGCGUGAACCCAUCGGCAGUGGCCGACGCCAUGGUGGACGCGGUGGUGGAGUUUGUGAGGAAGAAACGGCCAAAGUCCGUUCGCAGCGUGAAGAUCCUGAUCUUUCAGACGGCCAUGCUGAACGAGUUCCACAUCAGCAUGAAGAAGAGACAGGGAGAGGACGUGGAGGAGAAAGGCAUCAUGGGAAAGAUCAUAGGCACGUUCGCCUCCAUGUUUGUACGUGAAACCGAGCAGCGAAACAUUGAUCUGUCUCUGGAGAAGGAGGAGUUUGAGCCUGCGGUGUUCCAGCUGUGUGCCGACAACCAGAAGGCUGUGGGUCUGGCCAAGAAGAGGAUCAAUGAGCUGAUCGUGGCCGAGCAGGCCACAAGAACCAUCACUGACCAGUACAUUAAUCAGCUGACUCAAGCUGACGUAGAAAAACUUCAGUCCCUGCAGAGGGAGCUGACCGUGAGCAUCCACCUGGACAGAGGACAGGAAGACCAGGAGCCCAGGAUCCACCUGGAGGGUCUGACCAGGGAAGUCUUCUCUGCCGAGUCCGCAGUCAGGGACAUCAUCCGGAAGGUGGAGAGGUCAGAGAACCUGAAGAACAAAGCUAUUCUAGUGAGCGGACUGGUGGAGUGGAAGUAUCUGCUCCAGAACGGGUCGAUGGUUCCCUUUGACAUCGAUGUCAACCUCCAGCUUGAAGAAGCUCUGGAGAAGAAGCAAACUGUGCAGAUCAAAAUCAAAAACAACACGUACGUCGCUAACCCAGAGCUUAAAACUGCUGUUUCAAAGAGCGGGCGAGGCCGGGUGGAGUUACUGAGGAAAGACCUGAAAGCCCAACAUUCUUCUCCUCCGCACUGGGAGGACAUGAAGGGCGACAUCGUGAAGAUGUUUCCUCUGACUCCAGGAUCCACCGAAUACAACAACGUGAUGGGAGAGCUGACGAAACACGGCCUGGCUCUGAACAUCAUCGAAAUCAAGCGUGUCCAAAAUGCGACGCUCUGGCAGAGCUACCAGCUGCUGAAGAAUCAAAUGGAGGUGAAGAACAAACACAAGAAGAAUGAACAGCUGCUGUUCCACGGCACUGCUGCCACUUCCAUCGACCUGAUCAACCAAAAGGGCUUCAACCGGAGCUACGCGGGUCAACACGGUGCGAUGUACGGUAAGGGCUCCUACUUUGCUGUAAACCCUGCUUAUUCACAAAACUAUGCCCAAGUCGACACCCAAGGACACAGGAACAUGUACCAGGCCCAGGUUCUUGUUGGAGACUACACCCAGGGAAUGAAGGGCAUGAUCUCCCCUCCUGCAAAAUCUGGGAAUGCUGCCGACCUGUACGACAGCGUCACGGAUAAUUUGAAUACUCCAACCAUGUUUGUUAUCUUCAAUGACAUUCAGGCAUAUCCAGAAUACCUGAUCACUUUCUCGUGA